GGAGCUGUGAACAUUGUUUUUCGUGGACAGUUUCGGUUGGCACGUUACAGAAGUAAUAAAUUGAUAAAAAGUUCUACGUAUUCAGGGGCCGGCUUUCCAGUAGAGCACUGGUGUUUUUAUUGAGAAGAACAGAAGAGAAUAUAAGGAGUUCAAAAGUCACACAGGUAACUCACCGAAACAUCGUCGUUGUCAACAGGGACUUAAAAUGGAUAUAUUACCAUAAAGUAAAAAUUGAACGCUCACCAAAAAUGUCUAGAGCUAAAAUAGGUUAUGAAAGGGGAGAGCGCAAAUUGUAAUGGGACAAAUUUAAUGAUAUGGCAAAAAAAAAAUUGAAUUUUAACGAUGAAGCUUGAUUGGAACGCUUUUUCCCCCACCUUUCCACACUAAAAUCGGAUUUUAAAGGCAUCGUUGAUAUUUUAACUGUUCUAGGGAGUAUGUCGACAACGAUUCGUAUCUCUACGUUCUUAGCAGUCUUUGCCAUUUUCUUUGGCCAAUCGAUGUCUUGCGACUCUGCUCUGCCAUCAGGUAAGGACUGGGCUAACGAUUGGGACUUGCCGAUGAAUUUCGAGUGCGAAAACGGUGAGCAGAAACUUUUUCUUUCGUAUUUUAGCCAUUUCUCGUCGGUGUUUAUUGGCAUAUAACUUCCUCCAGAAUGGGGAUGUGAGGUUGAAGCCAGUGUUCGGUCUUUUUAUUCAUCUUGUUUUAUUUCAAACCGAAGAACUUAAGUUCAUUCUAAUGUCACUUCACACGUAUGCAGGCAACGCAAUCACUUCGCUGUACAGUUUCUGGCUGGGCUGUAAAAAUGAUCGCAUCUGGAGCUUGGAAUGUGGUGCUGUUGGGAAAUUCAACAACGAGAAAAAGUGUUCGCUGACCGCGGAAGUAAAUGAGUGGGAUGGGCCACUGUUCAAAAUGUGCGAUGGCAACGGCUAUGUGGGCGGAUUGUCCAGCGUACAUGACAACGGCAAGGAGGACCGAAGGUAAGUAUAAACGCCAAGAUUUUAUCACAAAGGCCAAAUGACCUCAUGGGGUCUCACCACUACCCACCCCUUUUUGGCAAGAAAGGGGGAGACCUUGGUUUAGGCUGGUAAAGUGUCUAACGAAUUUCAGCAGACUACAAAUCAACAAGAUGGGACAAAGGUUAAGGGAGGUAAGAGCCUGGAAACGAGGAAUUACGUCACACGACGGUGACACACUAGCGGAUAGAAAUCAGAACCUGAAUGUUUUUGAUUAAUAAUUGAUAAGAGGAAUUGUAGCAUACCCCAGUGGGUUUUAUAUUGGUCGGCUUCAGCUGGUUGAAGUAUUCAACGCGGAGUUUUAUCGCGUGCUGGCAUAGUUUAGACUGUUUAAAAAACUCCUCAAUUAUUUCACUGCAAUCGUACAGGUUCAAGGUUCUAUGUUGUAAGUCACCCAAUCACCGAACAACUGAUUGCUACACCCAGAUCUUGAAUGACUUCCGAGCUGUUAUAGAUUACACGGUGCCAGAAGACCAUGUGAUAGUUGGGUUCUACAGCUAUCACCGUAACGAUAAAGAGUAUGUAUAAUUUUCAGAGCCAAUUCCUCAUUUAGUUUAUGCUUAUGGUGCUAUUGAUUGUUAAGUGCGAUCAAUUUCGACUCUACUUCAUGGUAUUCAACAUUUUUAAAGGUAAAAAAAGCACAGUUCUAACCAAGCUCUCACGUCAGCAGCAGUUUGAAAAGUUCAUAAAAAAGAGUCUAAAUGGGUUUAACCGUUAGCCGUGA